AUGGAUUAUGCUUUAUUAUUGGAGUGGAAGACCUACCGACAAACAUUUCUUAACACAUCUAAUGAGGGAAUUGGCGACCAAUAUAUGGAUCACAACUCACAACACAAUAGCGUUAACAUUGAUUAUACGGAACCGAUGGACAAAAUGUUAAGUGAUGUUUCAUACGCGGCAAUAAUUGACACUGAACCUGAGGCACAGGAAAGCGGUGCCCAAAGCGGACGACAACUGCAACAACAGUCACGACUGGUUGUAGUCUCCGGUCGUUCGCAACGUAUUGUCCAAAAUAUAUUGGACUUCGGGUUCGGCGGCGACCGGAAAGCCGACGACCAGUUGAGGACACUUCUGGACAAUGCCUUCGAAGGGAAGAGUCGUACGAAUGGCUCGAAUAGAGUGACUGACGACGACUUGUGGCGCGGAUUCGCUGUAUUCACGAGGACUACAGACGGCAACCGAUUUCAACAGAUCUCGAGACACAUUGCGAGACAAUCGGCACAAAACAAACCCAGCAUUUGGUUCAUGUUUUCCGCUAUACGUCCAGGAAUUGCGCGUUCAGUGCCGGCGUUGAUGACAAUCCCGGCAUUUAAGGCAUCGGUGGAAGUGUCGGCCCAACUCUUGUCCCCUCUGGGCGUUGACGCCAUCGAGUGUUUGACUGACACAACGGAUUGGAUGACAGCGUUUAGUAAGCCAUACGUUCAUCGCGUGUUAAUCGCAACGAUUGUACAUCACAUGGCGUUUGUCGACACAUUGAAAGCCGUGGGCAUCACUGCCGACGGCUAUUUAGGCGCAUCGCUGGGCGAACUCAUGUGUCUAUAUAUGGACGGUCUGUGCGAUCGGCGCCAGUGUCUGGCCAUUUGUCGCGCGUUUCGGCCGCCGGCGGGUCCGCACCCGUUGUGGUCAUUACGGGCGACGAACGCGUGGCCCGAGAUUCGCAGCCAUUGCGCGAAUAGGCCGGACAUAUGUGUGUCCACACACUUCGCGGACACCUUUGUGAUAGCGUGCGGUACGGAAGCGGCCGUUCGUCAACUGCGCGAUGUGUUGCCGGACAACAAAGUGGUGGACGUCGGGCCAAAACAUGACUAUAUGCACGCGGGCAAUGCGUUUGCACCCGAUAUGGGCCAAGCGCUAGUGGACCAAUUUACCAAGGUGGUGCCCGAACGCACUCGCACUAAGCCCAGCCAGCGUUGGCUUUUCACCACUGAACCCACUCUCCCGAUGGCCAACACCGGCGGCGGCGCUAACACUGGUUUCUCUGCGGCGGAGUGUUUGGCCAACACUGCGUUGUCUCCCAUACUGUUAAUGGAGGCCAUCGAUCGUUUGCCCGCCGACGCGCUCGUCGUUUAUGUCAAAACGGAUUCCCGUUUACGAGACGUCGUUCUAAGCGGUCGACCGCAGGAACUGUAUGUCAAAGAGUCGGUGGAGUCGACGCCGGAGUCGGUGUUUGGUAUCAAUCAUUUGUUACGUGAGAUCGGACUCGUGUUUACGGCCGGACACUGGCCUCGGGUUCACGAUUUGGUGAAAGCAAACAAUUAUUAG